CCUGACUGUACCUGCCUCCUGUCAGUUUCUGAGUUGAGCUGACUGGAUGGAGACAGGCAGCCCCCGGCUGUAGUCAAAACACUCAGAGUGGCAGCAAUGAACCGACAAGGUUUUGGUGGGAUUCCCUCAUCCAUGAACUUCUCUACGGGGAUAACAGAAACAUCAAUCAAUGGAUGUUCCCACUCAGAUCUAACAGAUGAGGACUUAGACAAUCUACGGAUUGAACUUGCAAAGACAGAGGAUGAAAUUCAGACUUUGCGGCAGGUGCUUUUGGCCAAAGAACAAUAUGCAACAGACAUCAGGAGGCAGCUGGGUAUGAGUCCUCUCAGUAACAUCAAACAGAACCUGUCUAAAGGCUGGCAAGAAGUCCAAACCUCAGCCCCAUAUCUCACAGCCUCUGCCACUUUGGAGGACAUGAGGCACUCCAAUGUAUACGUGAGGACACGGGAGAGUCUGUCCCAUGCAGGCCAGGUGACGUCUUCCACGCUGUCCACUGUGGGUGUGGCCAUCACCAGGAGACUGGCAGAGAUGAGAGCUCUGCCUCUUCCAAGCCCACCACGCCCCCUGAACCACACCAUAAGUGUGCCGACUAUGAGACACUCUUCUACCUUCAAGUCUCUUGAGGAAAUGGUCGGCAACGUGAAGGAUAAGGUGACGGGCAGUCUGACAAAUAACGGAGAUACAUCUGGAUUUGAAAGAAGAUCCGCACGCCACAGCACAAGAUAACACACUACACUUAAUUAUUUUUCAUACCUUGUAAAGUUAUUUAAAAAAAAAUGUUAUUUUCUUCCCUUGUCUGUGUGAAUAUGCCCAUUGUUAUUUCUGACUGUUAACACAGAAUGACUAAUAGAAUGUAUUAAAUUUGUAAAGUUAUUUUGACCUUGAAAAUAAUCUUUUAAUAUGUAA